AUGCUGUGUUUCAUUGCUGAGGAGGACGCGUCAGGGGCUUUCUCUCCCCCCCAGUUUACCUUCGGACCAGCUUGUAAUGGACUACUCCAGUUUUUCCAGCAGCCUGGAUGAAUUUUGAGAAAGGUCAGCAGAAUGGCUGAAAAGGAGUCCGAAUCGCCUGGGAAACUAAAGACACUAUUAUAGCCAGAAUUGGCUCUAUUACCUUUUUUUUUAAUUUCCUCCCGGGGAUUUAUCCGAACGGACGCAUUGUAUUUUUAUUUUUUUCUGUAACAACUUUCCCAUCUGUGGAUAAUGGAUGGCAGAGAUUUCGGUCCGCCUCGAUCCGUCCACGUCCCCCCGCCGCUGUUGGCGGGGCUCGCCAUGGAGCCUCACCGGAUCAGAGCGGUGGCCGCGGCCGGGAGGCUCCCUCCCUCGCCCGGCCAUCCGCCCCCUCUGCACUCCGGCAAAUUUCUGCCAUCGGCCAUUAACCUACAUCCACAUCACAGCGAUGCCUUCCCGCCAGGCUCGAGUCCGUUCCUGUCAGGUUAUCCAGGCCCCUCCUCGUUGACCUCUGACCCCACCUACAGGUCGAGCAAUCCCAGCAGCCUGCAGAUGGCUCAGCUCUGGGCAUCACAUGCUCAUGAAGGCUACCCUCCGCUUCCAAGCAGCCUGUACUCAAGUCCUUACCUGUCCCUGAGUCGCCUGGAGACCUCCUCACUCCCCCAGCAUCCUCUCUAUGACCCUCACAAAGAUGGAUACUUCAUGUCGUCAUCGCUGAGCCAGUCGCCUCUUCCCCCUCCGUCCGCCACCCCGUCCCGCUCCACGCCUCCUCAGAGGACAUCCCGGGAUGGGGGCAGAGACCGGACCUAUCGGACAGAGAGGGAGCGGGACAGGGAGAGAGAGAGGCUGCGUGAAGACACACGGCCGCACAGCGUGGUAGAUCUGACUCUGGAAGGGCGAGGCGAGGACGACCGCAGAGUGAGCAGAGAUCGGGAUCGAGACAAAGACAAGGACCAUGAUGCGGACAGAGACAGGGACAGUUGGUCCUUCCAUCCUCACCAGCACAAGUCAGCGGUGGAGUCCAGAUCCAGACUGUCGCCUCCACAGCCCUCGUUCCCUCCUGGGGGAGGCGAGGGCAGGCUUCAUGGAUCAGAAAAAGACAGACGGGGUCGGGAAGAGGAAGGCGGUUCUCGAUCCCACCACAGCCAGAACUCUAACGCCAAUAACUCCAACUCUCACUCAGAGCGACAGAGAAGGAACGAGUCUAUGGCCACAUCAGCCGGGACCCUGCACAUCUCCUACGUCCUCCCUCCUCCUCUGCAGCAGUCCGGCACUGGCCUUCCUCACAUUUCCACACCCAGAGAGCAGCGAGUCAGUGCGCCAACAUAUGUGCCUUCUGUGGAGGUUUACGACGAGCGGGUAGGGCCCAUCCAGAUAGCCUCUCAGGCCCGCGACAACAAACACAGAGACAGAGAAAGGGACCGAGACAGAGAGCUGGAACGAGACGGACACAGGGAGAGGGAGAGCUACAGGUUUCAUGAGAAAAGCCUCAUGGAGUCUCAUCCACGGCUCUCCCAGUCUAGCGAUGUGAGCAAUCAGAGGGAAGAAGGUUCUGUCAUUUGUUCCAAUGGUUCUCUUGGUAAACGAAGUCAGGAUACGUCUUUCUCCUCAAGUCAAUCGCGCUUCAGCCCAGAAACCAGAGACCUCUCUAAACACUCCCUCAGAGCCGGCAAUGACCGGAUCGGGGCAGAGCCGAAGUGGAGCGCCAUGAGCCCCUCGGCCAACUACGCCACCAAUCACAUGGCUGCUCUGGCAGCUCAGCACGGACACAAUCUCUCCACUCCUCACAGCCAGCCGCCACAAACACAGAAGUCCAGUUCCCCUCAGAUAUCGCAUCGGCCCAACAGCUCACAGUCCUCCCACAGUCACUCCCCACAAACACACGGACACGGGUGCACGGCAGAGGAGGGGAGUCAGAGGCGCUACCUGGACCAGUCGGGACUCUAUCGCCCGGGGUUGGUUGGAUCAUCCAGCGCUGCAGAACAUCCUGAUCAUUCUGAGGUUUCUGCCAUGCAGAGUUUGAUCAAAUACAGCGGCAACUUUGCCGCCGAAGGGCCUGCCUCCUCUAGGCACAUCAUCGACGGGCGGGGGCCUUUCGGCGGUCUGGGUAACAUCGCAUCGGGUGGCGAAAGGGAAAAGGACAGAGAGAGGGAUCGGGACAAGGACAGAGGAGCCAUGAGGGUCCCUCCUCAGCUGAAGAGGGAACAGGAGCGGCCGGACAGCGCCCGCUCCUUCGGCAGAGAAGGAGAGGGCGAGGUGCGACAUCCUCCUGUGGGGAUUGCCGUGGCUGUGGCCCGGCAGAGAGACAGUGGAAGUAGCAGUAAACAGACCAGCGGAGGCUCAGACUCACAGAGGCCGCUGCUGCAGCCCGCCAUUAAAGAUGAGGACCGAGGGGAGGAGCGUGCUCGCCAUCAUGAUGAGCGACUGCUGGCUGGCCGGCUGGAGCGCGAGCAAGAGAAAGUCAUCAGAGAGACCAAGAAUCUUCCUGAGUUCUCGCCAAUGCACCCCGCCCCUCUGUCAAGCGGCUUGACACCUAGCAUGAUGACGUCCAGCCUCAUGACCCCCAACCUCAUGGUCACAGGAGGAGCUGCUCUGGCAGGGGCAGGGCGGUGGCCUCCUGACCCCUCAACCCUGACCUCUCACCCCUGGAUGCCCCGGCCUGGAGCCCCCCCAGUCUGGCUGUCCGGCUCUCCAUACGGCCUGGGUCCCUCCCCUCUCCACCAGUCACUCCCCCCUGGCUAUCCCCCCUCUCUGCCAGGCUCCCUCCCCCCUCCCUACCAGUUCGCCAGGGACCCACAGUCUGGACAGCUGAUCGUCAUCCCUGCUGAACACCUGCCACAUUACGGAGGCGACGUUCUGGAGCGUGGAGCCCCGGUGUGGUCCAGUGUGUACGGCACAGGCAGCUCUCUGCAGCACGCCGCCCAGCUGCAGCUCCUCUCUCAGCAUCAGAUCCUCCGGCAGCAGGAGCUGUUCAUGAUCCAGCAGCAAACAGCGCAGUUCUUCGAGCUUCAGAGGAAUGCUCAGAUCGUCGAGCGCCUGAAGGCCGGAGAGCACCGGUCCGACAUCGAUGACAAAGUAGACAAGCGGAGCGCCGACCCAAAAACCAGAGCCUCUUCCAUAUCUUCUCCGUCGCCCUCACCGGUGCUGCACCCUCGCAAACCUCUCCGCCCCUCCCCAUCUCCGACCCCGUCCACGUCCUCCCUCACCCCGCUGCCUCCGACGCCCUCUCCGGUGGCCACGCUGAAAUCGGAGGAGGGAGGGCACAGAGUCCUUCCUCACGCACCGAAGCUCCUGCCGGCAUCUCCACCCUCUGCCUCCCCGCCGCCUUCCUCGCCGCGGCGGCCCAAACAGGAGGAGGGGGAGGAGGGAGCCAGAGAGCAGAGGAAAAAGUUGGCGGCCGCGCCCUUUCAGGGCAUCUACUCCGACCUGCCUCCAGGUUACCCUUACCAAUCCAUCACUGCGCCGUAUGGCUCCUUCCCCCCUUAUAACAUCCCGCCAUCGGCCACUGAGAACACAGACGUACAUCGGUCCUGUUCCGCAGCCGCGCCGCUAACUUCAACUCACCACCAUGAACAGCUUUUGGAUGCAGAAAUCAAGCCCCAUAACCUGGAGCCACCGAAGGCAGAGUCUUUCCAGCUCCCUCAGCCCAACCUGACGCCAGAACCUCUGGGUUCCAUCCAGCUGAGCCGCAGCGCUGACCGGGCUAGCAAAGAUAACGAGGUGGACGUACAAGCCCCUGAAACCUCCAGUCCUCCAUCUCCACAGGCUGAGAGCCUGACAGAAGUGGGGGAGGAAGAGGAAAAGGAAAGCGUGAUAAAAACAGAGUUAUCAUCCAACUCUUGUCAGGCGGUUAAGAUCCUCCCUGCUGAACCUGCAGCAGACGAGCCUAAACCAGAACCCCUGAAAGAGGCAGAGCUGCCACCGUAUCACCCGUCCAUCUCUGAUGAUGCAGGCGACCAGGAAAGGCCUCAGGUGUGCGCGUCGUCGGAGCAGACGGCUGUGUGUGACCUGGAGCAGGCCGACUCUCCAUCUGAUUCCUUCCCUCCCUGUUUGGAGGAGAGUUCCUGUGAGCCCCCCAUCCUCGGCUCUCCCCUCCCUCUUAUCCGCGCAGAGGACCCCAUGGGGGGGAUGCUCGCCCUUCUAACAGCCAGCGAGAUGGCCAGAGCCCGGCCUGGAACGCCACCUAUCCCCACUCUGGAAUCCCAGCUGGUUGAUCCUCCCUUUACCUCCGACUGCAGCGGCCCAGCAGCCUUGGAGAUGGUGGCUCUUGAGGGGAUGGCCCUCCUCAGUCAGAUGGCUAAAAACGAGAAGGACCUCAUUUUCCAGGCGCAAGAUCUGACAUUAGACGGUCUGGACUGUCUCCUUGAAGCAAGCAGACAGAUUUUACUGGAGGCUAUCGAGAAGCAGUCCCACAUCGAUCUGCCGAGAACUCUGGACCCCGACAAGAAGUACAGCUGGAGGCACAGGAAGGAGGAGCCGCUGUACAGUAAAAUGUCUGUGGACAUGUUGGACGCCGUGGAGGUGGAGUAUCGCGUUCGCCUGGCCGAGCUGCAGAAGACGUAUAAGGAGAAGCAGAGGGAGCUGAGCAAGCUGCAGCGGCGCAGGGACAAGAGAGAGAGGCAGCAGGAGGACGAGAGGCGGAGUCUGACCAGACGGGGCAGAGGGAGACCAAGGAAGAGGAAACAUUUGCCUACACCUACCAAACUGGACGGCAGGCCUGGAAAGCUGGGUCGGACAGUGCAAUACUCGGAGGACUCUGAAGCCGGAGAAGGACAGAGGAAAAGGUUCUGUUUGUCCAGAGAUGAAGAGGACACGGAAACCGGAACUGGAGGGGUGAAGAAGAAGAAGAAAAAGAAGAAGAAGAGCUGGAGCGACCAGGAGCCGUCCAGCACUCACGCUCUAGAGGCUCUGAAGGCGAAGCGCGGCCACGUGUGUGAGCAGGAGCAGCUGGCUUCGGACCUGGACAGGGCGCUCUCGCUCUCCCAGCUCGGCUCCCUCGGCGCCUCUCGCAAACUGGCCUCCAGGUUGGAGAAGUCGAAGGGCAGACCGUGUGAAAGCGGGCUGAAGGAGCGAGGCGUUCACUCCUCAGUCAAAGGCGCGAAGCUCAAGCUGGGGACCAAAGCUUCAGCUGCAGAGACGAUCCGGAAGGUUAAAGGUCAGAAGAAGGCCGUGUUCUCGCCCAUGAGAUCUGAGCUCAGCAGUUGCUCGAACAAUACAGAUUCAGAGGAACACGUUUCUUCCGGAGGAGGCUGGCCUCCUCACUCAAAGACGCAUCCCCGCGACGGUUCUACCAGGAAGAGGCGCUCUGCGUCGUCGCCUACCUCCCUGCUGCCCAGUCAGAAACCUUCCAGGAAGAAGCACAAGCACUUAUCGCUGCUGCUGGAGGAGGCGGGCCUCAGCUCCUCUGACGACUCCUUUGAUCAAGAGACCUCUGAGGAUGAAGAAGAGGAUGAGUCCGGUUCAGAUGGUGAUGAUGACGACGAUGACGAGGAGGAGAGCGGGUUGGGUCUGCUGGCCAGGUUUGCGGCCAGCGCCCUCCCUGUCAGCCCACCACCUCUGAGUUUGCUCCAUGACGGCAAACACAGCAGCAGCCGACAGAGCGCUCUGGGUUCACCCGAGUGUGACUGGUCCGACUCUGGCUCGGAUCUGAGGCAGAGGAAGUUCCCUUCCCUGCUGCAUGGGAGGCGCUCGGCCCCUGAGCUCCCCCAUUUGCCUCCCGCCACCCGCAGAAGUGAUCAGCCCAGCCCCGCCAAGCACGAUGAAACGAUGCCGGUUAAGCGGAAGCCUCUAACCAAAACCCGGCCUUCGCCUCGAUCUCCGCGGAGAUUCAGCUUCGACCUGUCCACCGGUGUGGGGGGCUUCAGCGAGGACGAGGGCUGGAACCGGCGACGCAGUGAGCGGAUCUUCCUCCACGACGCCACCGCCACCACUUCCAAUCAGAUGUCUGUGUCCACCUCCUCCUCUACCAGUCAGAGCUCCUCAUCCUCCGUCUCAGCCCCACCUCUCACCCCGAAGCCUUCCUCCAAACCAAAACCCACUCCAGCAGCCAGAGAGGGAAAAGAUGUGAUAAAAAAAAAGAAGCAGAAGGAGACCCCUGCGCCGGUCGGCCCCUCCACUCUGUGUAGUCCGGUCUCUGAUGGGGCGCCCCCUCUGAGCCCCGCCCACAAGAGCCAAUCCAAAGGCAAAAGCAAAGUAAGAGAGCCGUCCAGGGGCGCUGUGAGCCGGCUGAUGGAGAGCAUGGCGGCGGACGAAGACUUCGAGCCAAACCAGGACAGCAGCUUCAGUGAAGACGAGCUUCUCCCGCUGCGAAACAGCAGCGUGUCGGAACGGUCCUCCACACCUGCUCCAGUGCAGUGUGUGUUGGAUAAGGACUCUCUGGUGGAUGGGCUCAGAGUUUUGAUCCCGAUGGACGACCAGCUUCUCUAUGCUGGACAUGUGAACACGGUGCAUUCCCCGGACAUAUACAGCGUGGUGGUGGAGGGGGAGAGAGGCAACCGGCCGCACAUCUACUGCUUGGAACAACUGCUCCAGGAGGCUAUAAUCGAUGUGAAGCCUCCAUCGGUGCGUUAUCUCCCUGAGGGCACCCGGAUUGCCGCCUACUGGAGUCAGCAGUACCGCUGCCUUUACCCAGGAACUGUCGUUAACGGAAGCGCAGAUAUCGACGAGAACGACGAUCUGAUCACGGUGGAGUUUGACGACGGUGACACCGGACGCAUCCCUCUGUCCCACAUCAGGCUGCUGCCACCGGAUUACAAGAUCCACUGCGCAGAGCCCUCCCCGGCGCUGCUGGUGGCUGGGCCCUCCAGAAGGAGGGUGCGCAAAUGCAGCAAAGAGGCAGGAGCGAAGCCAGAGGAGACCACACCAAGGAUCAAAGGGAAACCGGGUCGCAAGCCCAAACCAAAACCAGAGACAUCCGUUAAUCAGGAAGUACGGGAGAAAGCCGAUCUUCUUCCUUCUCCCUCCCAGUCCACUGAGCGACCUAAAGCUCCAGCUAAACCUGCCCAGGACCGGACCUCCUCUGUCCAGAAACCUGCUCAGGAAAAGCCCCGCCCUGCGUCUCGGCCGACAAUUGGGACGCAGGAGAAAUCUGAACGGAAGAACUCUGGCACUUCCUCCUCAAGCAGCCCCACACUUCCCAGUCCGGUGCCAAGGAAGAGCAGCUCUGCCCAGUCUCCUGUUUCUAAAACAUCCCGAGCCCUCCCCUCCUCCCUCUAUCCCUCCACCUAUGGGAAGGUUCUGACUGUGGACCUGUACAGUGAGCCCAACCUUUGCUCUUAUAAUAGCCAGCGCAGAGAGCGGGAGAGCAGCAGCUCCAUCAGUCCCACCAGCAGGUCUGUGCCCAGGCCUGCGUUGAGCGUUUCGUCCUCUGCACCCAAACCCAACGCUGCCUCCACACCCAGACCUGCCUCCUCAUCCAAAAUAAAAUCCUCCUCAGAUCAUCAGAGCAGCUCCAGAUCUGGCCUCAGCUCCGGACUGCUGCCCAGCCCCAUCUCCAGGGUAACGAGCGGCAAAUCAGGCUCUUCCCUCACCGCCAGGCCGUCAUCCUCGCUGUCACCCACAGCUGCCUCCAAACCCAAGCUGAAGAUCCCAUCAGAGCAGAUGUCCUCCAGACCCCUCCCAAGGCCCAAGUCCAUCUCUGGACAGAGGAAGUGUUUGUCUGCAGAGCCGCUCGUGAAGCUCGACCACGAAGGCGUCACCUCGCCAAAAACCAAAAAAACCAAGGCUUUAAUGUUACUGGAGGGGCGGGGAAUCAGACGAGACCACACCCCUAUUACCACUUCCACAGCGAAUCAGAAGCUACUCAAAGCUAAAAUGAGAGCCCCUGAGAGGGCGACCAGUCUGCCAGAGAGGGAGUCUGCCUACAAGACCCCGAUCCUGGCUAAGGAGAAGCUGGAGAGUCGGGGAAGUGGCGUCAGAGGCAAAGAGACGGACGGACGGGAAAAGGCUAAGAAAGAAGAACGAAAGGAGCUGGAGAAGAGGGAGGAGAGGAAGGUGAAAGAGGAAUCUCAGAGCAGCAGCAGCUCUGAUUCAGACGAAGAAGGUGAAAACAGAAAGGUGAAGAAGAAAUGCACCUCUAGCUGCUCCUCUUCUUCUUCAUCCUGCUCCGGUUCGUCCUCAUCAUCAUCAUCUUCAUCCUCCUCAUCGUCGUCGUCAUCUACUGACGACUCAUCCUGCAGCUCGGAUGAGGAGAGGACCCCUACGCCUCCACCCGGCCCCGCCCAGAAAGCUUCAACCCAGGACCAGCUGAAAGAAGACGUGAAAGAGGAGGAAGAGGAGGUGAAGAAGGAGGUGGAAGUGAAAGUAGAGGAGGAACAAUCAUCCUCCCGCUCAAACUCCCCCUCCCCAUCAACUCCACCGGUUACCCCCGUUCCUGCUCCCAGUACGCCAGCCAAACCGGCCACAGGGAAGGGCUCUGGGCAGAGGGGCCGUCCGCCGAAACCCAAACCGAGCGGCGGGGAGGGGAAGGCAGGGAGGCCCAAGAGGAGGGAGGGAGUCCACCUCCCCACCACCAAGGAGCUGGCUAAACGUCAACGGCUUCCCAGUGUGGAGAACAGGCCCAAGAUUUCUGCUUUCCUUCCAGCCAGACAGCUGUGGAAGUGGUUUGGGAAACCCACUCAGAGACGCGGCAUGAAGGGGAAGGCCAAGAAGCUCUUCUACAAGGCCAUCAUGCGCGGCCGAGAGAUGAUCCGCAUCGGGGACUGCGCCGUGUUUCUGUCUGCCGGACGGCCCAACCUGCCCUUCAUUGGGCGCAUCCAGAGCAUGUGGGAGUCCUGGGGAAGCAACAUGGUGGUCCGGGUCAACUGGUUCUACCAUCCAGAGGAGACCAACCCCGGCAAGAAACUCACCGAUAAGAAGAACUGGGAUCAGAUGUGUGGUCAGUCUUUACCAGCAGCUCUGCACUCGUCCAUCCAGAGGAAAGACUUCAUGGAGGUGAGAGGGACAUGAACACGUGUAGCUCUUAAUGUGGUAUUACAUUUUUAUCGUAUG